AUGAUGAGUACCAAGCGCGCCGAAGUCCUCCUAGGAAGUGGAAAUUAUUUCCAUUGGGAGUUCAAUAUGAGGAUGUCGCUCGCCAGAAAAGGACUGCUGGCGCACGUGGAGGUGGUCAAGGCGGAGAGUGAGAUAACGGAAGCUUGGUUAGUAAAUGACGCAAAGGCUCUCGGCAUCAUCGCGCAGGGUGUGGAACUACAACACCAGACAAAGAUCCGUUCGUCGACGCGUGCUAUUCAAGCGUGGGUAACACUUAGGGAGUUCUACAAUCGCACUACACUCCACAAUCGGGUCACGAUGACACGGCGCCUCCAUGAAUUCAAGAUGGAUGCUGGAACGGCCAUGGCAAAGCAUUUGGACGCUUUCGACGAGCUCGUUGUCGGUCUUCAGACGCUUGGAGAGCCCGUCGACGAGGCACGGCAGCUAGUAGUGCUGCUGAGCAGCCUUCCAGCCGAAUACGAGCUGAUAUCGUCGAUCAUCGAGAACGUCAAGGACAUCACGCUCAUCGAGGUGAAAGAGAAGCUGUUGAAGGAGUGUGAACGGUUGGAGAAGAAAGACACGACUUCGGAACGAGCAUUUAAGGUCAACGCUGGACGUUUCAAGGGCAACAAGAGGAGUGGUCGCAAGUGGAGCGAUCAGAAGAAGAACUCUAGUGGUUUCCAAGGCAAGUGUUUCAAGUGCAACAAAGUUGGGCACAUGAAGCGGGACUGUCAAGAGGGAACAACAGACGGCGAUGCGGUAUUUGUUGUGAGCACAGAACGUGUAAACGGAUGGUUGAUCGACAGCGGCGCGACCGCCCACAUGACCCCGCACCGUUCCGAUCUGUUCGAGUAUGAGAACGUGAAUGGUGGCAUCGAAGUAACAAUCGCUGACGGAAAGAAGCUGCAGGUCACUGGACGUGGUACGGUACGCUUGCUUGGACUGGACGGUAAACGGAUUAAGAUGGUUGAAGUUCUUCACAUACCGGGCCUCGAUCGGCGUCUGUUGUCAGUGGGGAAGCUCGCGGAUCGUGGACUGAACGUGGAGUUUCAGCGUUCCUCAUGUGUUAUAUGGGGAGCGGCUAGCGCAAUUGCGAAGGGUAAGAAGGUCGGCAAGGCUUACAUGUUAGACUGUGAACAAGAAGAAGAUCGGUUCGUCCAGUACGCCGGGGCUGACAGCAAGUGGGAGCUUUGGCACGCUCGCAUGGGGCAUCCCAACCAGGAUGCUCUGGAUAAGACAAGGCAUGCCACGAACGGUAUUCCGGCUGUUGGUCGACCGCCCCAGUCUUUGUGCGGCGUAUGCAUGAAGGGGAAGCAAACGGUGGCUAAAUUUCCGCAUUGUUCCAGCUCGAAGACGUCGCGCGUUCUUGAGCUCGUCCACACGGAUAUGAUGGGACCAAUGAAUAAUCCUUCGAAAGGUGGUGCCAAGUAUGUCCUGACGUUCGUGGACGACUACUCGCGCUACGUUGUGGCCUAUUUCUUGAAAAAGAAGAGCGAGGUGGCCAUUAAGCUUAGAGAGUUCAUGACUUUCUAUGAGAAUCAAUGGGGAGAGCGCAUGAAGUGUUUACGAUCGGAUAACGGAACGGAGUUUGUCAACCAAGAGAUGACGAAGAUAUGUAUGCUGAACGGUAUCGUGCACCAACGGACUGUCCCGUAUAGCCCUCAGCAGAAUGGAGUGGCAGAACGGAUGAACCGAACUAUCAUGGAGAGAUCUCGAAGUAUGCUAUACUACAAGGGCGUUCCAAUGGAGUGGUGA